AUGCCUUUUUCUGCGCGAGAGGGUGGCGGUGGAGGAGGUAAGGGGAAGGGCCAUGACAUCACGCCUUUUGAGAAUUCUCAAAAUUUGGCAGCGAGGAGAGGGCAGACGUGGAGGGAGGGGGCAUCACGCUUCAAGUUGGCACACCCCUCCACCGCAUUCCACCCCUCCCCACUCCUGCAGGCCAUUCAUCUCGACCUGAGUGGGCAAUUUGGUCAGGAGGAGAGGGCGGACGUGGAGGGCGCAUCGGUCAUUGGAACAGCAGCCUUCCACCGGGUGGCAUCCCACCGCGCCAUCUACAUCCACCAUCUGCUCUCCUUCGGCUUCUCGGUCCUCUACAGCGACAUUGACAUCGCCUUUCUGCACAACCCCCUCCCCUUCUUCCAAAAACCUGACUCUAGCGGCAGCAGCAGUGGCAGCAGUAGCGGCGACAUUAAACCUGGCCCUAGCUUAGGUGCAUCUGCUGCGGCUGCCGAAACUAUCACCGAUUUCGACAUGUUCCUCACCCACGACCGCUACAUGAAGCAGCCCUCGCCCUACAUCGACCCCAUCGACCCCACGUUCAUCAACGGCCAGCCCCUCUUCUGCAGCUGCUUCCUCUUCUUCCGCCCCACUCUCCCGGCAAAGAGCCUCGUAGGCAACUGGGCGUUUCGGAUGGCAAAGCUAGGCCGGCAGGGGGGUCUAGACCAAGACCAGCUGAAUCUAGUCAUGCAGUGGAUGCUUGAGCGGAAGGUGCUUCCGAGGAUAGGAGUGCUGCCGCCGCUGCAGUUCCCGUCCGGGCAGCUGAUGAAGGAUCACUGGGGGCGGUUUGAGGAGGUGCGGCCGAGAGUGGUGAUGGUGCACGCGAAUUAUCUCACUGGGAAGGUUGCGAAGAUCAAGGGGUUGAAGAAGGCGGGGCUGUGGCGGGUGAAGGUGAAAGAGCAGGGGAAUGCGACUGCUGCUGCUGGUGCUGCUGCCUCUAGGGCUCCUGCUGCUGCGGCGGCUGGGAAGGGGAAAGGAGAUAGUGACAAGGAGGCAGGGGUAGUAGAAGGCAAUGAGGAAGAAGAGGAGAAGGAGGAUGAGGAGGAAGAGGAGGAGGAGCCGGUGCUGCUGUUCCCAAUGCCCCGGCGGCCAGAUGAGGCUGGAGAGGUGGACAGUCUUGACGAGACCCCUGGGAUGCUGGAGAGGGGGAGAGAGGAGGGCCGCGCAGGGGGGAAGGGCAAGGUGGGGGAGGCCCGGGUGGGGGAGCCGCUGGCAGGAGGAGGGGGAGAGGGAGGGGGAGCGUCAGGGGGAAGUGGUGGGGAGGGAGGGGGGGAUUGGGAGGCGGAGGUGUUGGGAGCGGUGGAGCCGUGGGUAGGGGAGCAUCUUGGGGAGAUAGAGGAGAAGGGGAUGAGGAUCAAGGGGGCUGCUGGCAUGGUGAUCGUCACUGUUGCCUGCGAUGGUGCGUUGCUUUCCUUUGGUCAGGAAGGCCAGGAGGCGUUAUUCCGCAACUGGUUCACCCAUGUGGGCCGCAUCACUCACCUUACAAUCCUCUUGUUGCUGCAUCGCCCAUCCCUCCUCAUGCCUGGCCAGGAGGCGUUAUUCCGCAACUGGUUCACCCAUGUGGGCCGCAUCCCUUCUCUCGGCAACAUUGUGCUCGCUUCCGUGCCUCCUCAGAUGAGCAUGCCAGGCGGCCAUGUGAUCACACGCUCCAGUGACAGCGUGUCGCCCCGAGUGGCCAGAGCCACGUGCCUGCUGCUGCCGCCCCUCAUCCUCGCCCGCUUGCUGGCUGCCAACGUCACUGUUGUCUACAGCGACAUCAACUCGGUGUGGCUGCGUGACCCUCGCCGCUACUUCCCGCCAUCCCAUUCCCUCGUGCUGCCCUCCCUCUCCCACCAAGACCCGCCUCUGCAGCAGCAGCAGCAGCAGCAGCAGCAGCCAGACACGCCACCAGCGCAAGGGGCAGCAGAGAACAGGCAGCAGGCAGCAGCCCCUGCACCCCCCAACACCACCGCCCUCGCACCGUCCCUCCUGGGGUCCCUCUCUCCAUGGCUCAUGGCUCUUCGCCCCUCCCCUGCUGUGCAAGCCAUGGUGCAUCGGUGGGCUGUUGGGGCUUUAAGGGGAUAUGUGACGGCAGGUGCGGCAGCAGCAAGGGGUGGUUCAGGGGUGUUUUCUGGUCCGGAGGUUCUUAGCACAGCGCUCAAUCACGCUGUGGUGGAGAUGGUUCGGGGAGAGAGUCUCGUGGGAGUUGAGGAGGAUGGGUUCGCUGUAGGUUCGGAAGGAGCUGUGGACGCAGGCAUGGAAGCAGGUACUGAAGCAGGUACGGAAGCACGUACGGGAGCAGGUACGGGAGGAGGCACAAGAGGCACAGGAGAUACAGGAGCGAGCGUGGGGGUACUUCCAGAGCAGUUAUUCCCCCCUGGGUGGAGGGCGGUAGGGGACAGAGCAUGGCUGGAGGCGCAUAGGAGAGAGAUAGUGGCUGUGCAGGUGAGCUGUCGGGAGGAUGGCAGGCAGCAGGAGGUUUGUCUUCGAGACAUGAAGCUGUGGCUGUAA